AGUCGACCUCGAGGGAUUGAGGAGAACGGUUGCUGGUUGGUCGCCAUCUUGUAAAUUUAAACUGCGCGCCAAAUGUGUUGUGAUUUUAACUUUAAAAGGUUUUUAUAGAGUUUCGGUGGUUCAAGUGUUAGUUGUACAGAGUUUCAGUAAUUCUGUGUUUUUUUAGAUCUGUUUUGGCGAUUGCUUGUGGUUAGUGAGUGUUUGUUUUCGUCUUUCAAUUACUAUCUAUGCCGGAUACGUUUUUUUGAACAUGAUGCGGCUGCGCAUCAGGUUAUUGUUUUGACCAAAAGAGAAAGCGCUACUCAUGUUUGGACACAGAUUAAACAGAUAAAUAUAUCGAUGACACCGAAACCGUCGAGUUAGUCGAUACCAAUCGCCAAACGAGGUACCAAAACUCCGGUACCUCUGAAACCGAUGUCCAAUGAAACUGGUACCAAGGCAGAAACCGCGCAAGAUAGCGAUGGGGUAGCAAAAACCGAGACCAAAGGUACCGAACCCAAGGAGAAAGAGGGAAAACAGAGAUCGGUGUCGUUUAAUAGGGACGUACACGUGAAACGAUUCGGUAAACCGCGUGUGCGGGGUACCUCCUCUGACCAGCCACCAUCGAUACGAAAAGAACCUUUUACACAUCUAUCCGAACAAGAACUAAUAGAAGAAGCUAACAAAGUUAUUGCACAGGCACAAAGUGUCACUUGCACAGCAGAUCAUCCGCCAGAUAAAUUCUUCUCUCUACCCCAUAGAAGAAAAUUUAGAGAAGACAAAUCUACCAGAAGGAACAGUGACGACGGUGGCUCUCCUGAAGAUACUGGAAAGACUUCACUUGGAAGAUCAACUAGUGAUGUGAGUUCAAAAAGAAAAAAGGAGCGAACGUCACUUUCAACUAUUUUCAGAAGAGCCCAACGAACCAAAAGCCCUGAUGCACCAGUUGCCGUCACUACUAAACCUACUGUCGUAAUAAAAAGGAGCAAAAGUGACGUGACUGAUUUAAAGUCAAACACUAAUCUUAAUAAAACUAAACCAAUACGUAAAAGAUCGGGAAGUGAAACAGAAGAAUUUCUUAAAUCGUUACGAAAUAAAAAAACACAGCUUUCACCUAUAAUUGAAAGCUCGCCUCGUGAAGAUUAUUUCAAAAAAAUUUCACCAUUAGACUUAUUACAUAAAGAAAAAGUUUCAGAAAAAGAAUACGGGAAAUCUGAUGGUCAAGUUUCGAUAGAUAGCAAGAAAGUAAAUCCGAUCGAAAAACCACCUCGACUAAAAAGAGAAAAAUCCUCUGAGAAAGAACCGUCUCUACCAAUUACAGAAACACCUAAACGGACAACUGAAAUAAAAAAGACCCAUCUUAUUGAUGAAAUUGAUACUGCCAAAGUAAAAGAAGCCCCCAUUGAAGUGAAAGACAAAAUCAAAGAAAGCAUCAGAAAACUUGAAGAAAACGUUUAUGGUGAAACUGAGAUGAAACAUAGUAGUCAACAGCCACCGGAAAAACCACCGCUAACUAGAGGUCAUACAGUUGAUCAUUUUGUGCGAAUACUCAAGGAAGAUCAACAUUCAUCACCUCCAAAGUCUCACUUAAUUUCAUUGCCAAACGGCUCCAAUAUUAAUCAACCAUUUUCAUAUACAAAACCAAGUGCUAGUCCUGAUCCCAAUCUAUUUAUCAGGGCUACAAGUCCUGAAAGAGCACCGAGUCCUGUGAAUAAAAUGACAGAUAAAGGUGUCGUUUAUGCUCAAGUUAUAAGAGAUAACGGUGAUAUUCGUCCACAAUUUCCCAAACAAACAAUGCAUAAAACUUUUUCUCCUCCUAAAGAUAAGUAUGGUAAUCUUUCCGAUGAAGAUGAAGGUCUUGGCUAUGAGGAAAGGUAUAAAUAUUCCGCUGAGAGAAUAAAUGAUUACGAUCACAAAAAUAAUGAUAGUGGUUACAAUAUUAACAAUAGUUUUAAUAUUAAAGAAUCCCCUAUAAGGCCAAGGUUCAGAGAAUAUAAGCUAAUGAGCUUUGAAGACUUUGAACCAACUUAUGCUAAUGGCUACACAGAAAAAGAAUCUGAAAACCGUAAACCUCUUCACAGUUACAGAGGUAGAGCAGAUGGAAUGGACACAAAGAAAAAAACAUAUGAAGCUGAUAUUAAAACAGACUUAGAUUUCAAUGAACUAAGCCACAGACGAGAGCUUUUAGAGUCACGCCUAAAUGCAAGACGAUACGAACGUGAGAGAAUUAAUUUAAAUGAACCCAUUACUAAAUAUAUUGUUGAAAAUGAUCCUAUUUACGAAGCAGAAAAGCGUAUGAAGCAAACGGAAAAGUACGUUAAUGAUACAGUGAAAUAUUAUCGGCAUACGUUAGAAAGAGAUGGUUUUGAAAGUACCAUAGCAGAAGAUUAUAAAUAUGACACCGAUAGUCAAAACAUUAAAUAUAAUACAGAAUCUCGAUCUUUUCAAAAAGUUCCUAAAGGCGAAAUAGACAGGCGUGAGUUUAUCGAUAAUUUAGUACCAGCCAGAUAUAAAGAAGAGAGAAAAAUAUUUCCUCCAGAACCUGAAUAUGAACCACCUAGUCUAGAAUCUAAUCCUGGAAAACCAAUAUCAUCCCCAGAUGAGUACAAAGAGAAGAAGUACAGAGUGAAAAAAAACUUUACGUCUAGUCAUGAUAUUGUCCAGGGUGGACAAAAGUACAAAUUAAAAGAUGAUUGGUUUGGUAAAAGGAAAGGUCAUUAUGCUUCCAAUCCUGAAAUAGCACAAGAGAGAGAAGAUGACUAUGCUAAUCUCGGUUACAGUGCAAAACAUGAGUCAUAUCAUAAUUCAUUACGCCGGGUGAAAAGUAAAGAAAAGGACUUCAAGAACCACGCCAGUAUACGCCGUCACGAUUCUGGUGACAGCAGAGACUACUACCGAGAAGAAAAAUCUCCGCGACGUUUUGAUUUUGAUAGCCGUUUGGUUGAUUCUGGUAUCGAGAACGACUUUAGGCAUAACUCAAGUGGAGAAAUCCAUGGGUCCAGGCAUAGACGUCAUGAAAGUGAUGAUGAGGUACACAACACUUCUUUAUUUUUGGCCAGUGAAAGGCAACAUACAGAAGAUAACUAUCCGAGUGAGCAAAUAUAUGCAAAUGGAGAACAUUUGGCUAACUACAGAAGUUACAGGGAAGAAAAUAGAAAAGAUUUUAUUCCAAGAGACAGAAGCGCUGAAGAUAGUUCGUUGCUAGCGCCCAAAGUACAUCGUUAUGAUAAAAGCCCGAGCAAACAUGAUGAUAAAGUCAGUGCAAAACCACCAAAAGCAAACAAAAAGCUUUCUGGACUUGAAAAGAUGAAACAGCUGUUCUCUCGCGACUCUUCAAAGAAGAGCAAGAAAGAGAAAGAAGUAGUCCAGCCAAAAACUCGCACUCGGGUGCUCAAGAGCCCUGAACAUCUUGCCAAAGACGAUCCUGAAUAUAGGAGGUACACAGACCCAGAGCCAAGUGACCUGGAUGUGAGAAGACGAGAUGAUCCUAAAGAAGAAAAGAAGUACAGACGAUCAAGAGAAGAUCUCGACAGAUACAGGAGCUCAGACCCCCGUGAGAGCACAGAAAAGAGGAGAGAAGACAAAUACAGAGAUCCUGACUUUGAGGGAAGAUUUGAAAGAACGUCAAAAAAAGAUAGGCGAUACAAAGAUCACCGCGAAGAAAAGAGACGUUACAACUCUUCAGAUAGAGACAGCGAUCAUCGCCCGUCGGAUCACGAAAGCGACCGACGAAGAACCAGGUCCAAUACUGCUGGACCCUUAGAUUCUCCAGCUUUGGCACAGAAAUACCGCGAGAGGCGCAGAUUAGCGACUCCGAGCCCUACGCCAUCGCCGCCGCGUCGUGAGCCCGCCCCGCAGUCCUCGGGCAACUGGUUCAAGUCCAUCGAUAGGCUGGGCAAGAAGCGAGAGAAAAACACUAAGGUCGAAAAAGAAAGCGUGAUUACUACAGAAGACGAAUCGAGCCGUCGUGUCUGGUCAAAACCAGCUAAACCAUUAAACUCUCCUGCGAAAAAUCUUCGCUUCUUUGGCGACACCGACCCUGAAUCGGACACGAACGUAAAACGGACCAUCACUAAAACGAAGAGUCACCCGAUAAGGAGCCAUGGAACUCUGCGGAAGACCAUUUCCAACUCCAGUGCAGGUCUCGACGAAGUGGAUCACAGCGAGUUAUCAAACAAGAGUUAUUCUUUGUCAAACCUUCAUAAAGAUAAAAGCGAGUCACCAAAAACGAAGGAGUAUUAUAAGAGGAACUUAAAAAAUAUUUCGGAGGUCCAAAGUAAUUCGGAGAGCGAGAGUCAAUUCGGAAAGAAAAUGAUUUCCAAACCACCGAUCAGUCCUUACGACAGGUCGAGGAGUCACAGUAGCUCUAAGACUCUCAAAGCGAGUAAGGUAGAUAUGAGGAGGCAUAGGGGCGACGACAGAGGAAGUUCUUCAGAACUGAGAAGUAGCAAACCGGAGCUGAGCAGGGAUUCGAAAUCACAUCGCCGCACACCGGUGGCCCACUCCGGCGAGAGCAGCACGGAGGGAGACUCCAGUCACCAGUCCCAGCGAAGUGUAGUCUACCUACACGCUACCACAGUUGGCGACAUCCCAGAUCCGGGCCGCGUAGCUCGCCACCGGUCUAAAGACGACGUCUCCUCAGUCAUGUCUUCCAACAUCCAGGUCAGAAGCACCACCAAAAGCUUUUCCCUCUUCGCGCCGUGGACCCCGCGCCACCCCAAUGAACAGUAUGACGUCCACUACGCACAAAAACCGCGAAAAACUAAAAAAGAAGUAAGAAGAGAAGAGAAACCGCUACAGAAGAAGUCGUACAGCCAAACAACCCUAAAUCGGCGGCCGAACAGUCAAAAUAGACUAACAAGUUCAAGUACUACGCUAUACCGACAGAAGAGGGGAAAAGAAAACGAUAUAUCCCAAAGCACGAUAUCCCGUAAAGGUGCUACUGAGAAGAAGAGCCAGUCGAGUGAAAUACUGAAUAGGGAUGAUCGCGAAAGAGUUUCACGAUCUAUAUCGAUACCGAAGGAUAAAAAGGCAGGCUGGUUCAAAUUGUCGAAGACUAAAAAGCAAGAGAAUACCCGCGUACGAUAACUUGAAAGUUUUCUAAAGAAAUUGAGUUUUUUUUUUUUU